AUGACAGCCUUUCUAAUGGGAUUAUGGACUAUCGUAGACAAUAUGUCGUACAAGUGGCACCUAGAAUAUGCGAUGGAAUUUGCACCGCAGUGCGGAAGAGCUUUCCAUGAUGAAAGUAGUUCUUUCUUGCCGUGCCAUGGGCGCAUCUCCUCCUUCACUCUCUCCUUCAUCGCUGAAAGCAAAAAGUACCAAAGCAAGUACGGACACUCCAUGGCUGUUAUAACCUACCGAUGCUUUCGAGAUUUUCCUCUCCAACACCGGACUUCCAUCUACAUGACCAACACCCGUGUCGAUGGUCAAACUAUCAAGCCGACGUGGUCAAUUUGCGACUCGGAGGUUGGCGAGGCGUUUGGAAGAAAACUGAAGCAAAGGAACUCAUCGAAUUAUUCAAUCGUGGCCAUAUCCGCCAUCUCGUCGCAGCCCUUCCGCGCAUCGACAAUACUUGACGAAGACGCUGCUGAAACCCACUCAGCGUCGAUGAUCAUGGCGAACAGACUUCUCAGUGCCGGAUACGCUCACGUCUUUGACAAGCGCCGAAGACGCCUCAAUCCUACAUGUGGGCGAACCCAGGAUGGUCCUAGACCUGCUCGAGCUUCAGAGUUCGCAGAGGCCUUUACGCUCUUCCCAUCGCGCGUAGGCUACAAGAUCAACUUCGCCUACGAUGUAGAUGCUACGAGCAGCUCCCGAGACGAAACUCUCGACACAAAUUUCGCCAUGCAGAACGGCUGGUCCAAGUACCCUUCAAACCGUCAUUCCGCUCCAGGGCAUGGUUGCCAAAGCGACAUAUCUCAGAUGGACCCCAAACUCGGCAUCGCGGAUCCCCUCCAACGGUAUCCAAUGCCUUUCCCCACACUCGUCCUUGACCAAACCACGCCAGAUCAUGUCUCGUUGCCGCGACCCAAUAAGACGUCGCAAGGCAUCUAG